AUGUCCGACGACGAGCUCGACCGAGACUGGAAGCCAAAUGGCAGGCCGCAGUCAACAUUGGCCCGCUCCUUCUCCCUCGCCUUGGAUGACCUCUUCAAAAUCGACAACUCCGUCGCAGACCUCGAUGCUGUGAUCUACGAGAAGAAGAUGAAAGUCACCUCUCAGACCUCCGAACUCGAAGCCCUCGAAGCCCGCCUGAAAGCGACAGAAGAGCGCCUCAGAGCCGCCGCCGCCAACGGCGCCCCCAACCAUUCUGGGCGCUCCAGCCCCCGACCGCGAGCCCCUCUCAACGACACCUUCGCCCAACCAUUGCCUGGAAAGCGUGAACAGCCAGCCUCGCCCCUCUCGGAGUCCACCAAGGUGCCCUCCCGUCCCCAGACCGCCAAUCGGCCAAAGACAAGGGAUGGACGACCACAGUCGUCGCGGAGAACCCAGGAGGCAUACACGGCGGGACCCCCGAUGCCAGGAGCACUACCGCCCACACCGGGCACCAGCGAAGGUGAAUCAUCCGAGCCCGAAUAUGUGAUUGUAGAACGGCAGAGGAUUAGAACGAGUGCUGACUUAAAACCUGUGGGCAAAGAUGGAGAUAUGCCACCCGUGCCGCCGCCUAAAGACGGGGCGUAUGUGGGAUCGGACGACUGA